AUGCUGUCGAUUGCGCCCAACAGGGCCUCGCGGAGUCUGCUGGCCAGACUGUCAGUAGAAUGUAGAUUACCUGGCUAUUCACCUGCCUCUCGGAUACCCAAGAGCGGUCUUCCUGUAUACAAUUUUGUCGCUGGCAGUGCUCCCCGAUGUAGUAGCACAAAGUCAACGCCGCAAAGUGCUUUUGCGAGUCGUUUGCAAGGAGUUCAGGCAGCAGUCCCCGACCCGUAUCCACGCCUAGAGAACCACCCAGGGAGAAUCAACAUAGCGGAUUUCCGCUCGCGAUACGACUACCUGGAGUCAGAUCAAGUAGUGGAGGACACUGUUGUGGUUCAGGGCAGAAUACGAUCGUAUAGGCUUGCUGGAAGCAAGUUGAUUUUUUUUGAUAUCAUCCAGAAUGGCUCCAAACUACAAGCCAUGUGCAACCUGCGCCAGCUGGCUGAUAUAACGCCGGCCAAGUUCAAACAGUUUUAUCGCCUUCUCCGUCGUGGAGAUUCUUUUUCCGUAAUCGGGCAACCACAUCGGACUGGUCGUGGUGAGCUCACAGUACAAGUCACAGAGCUGCCAAAAAUGCUAUCGCCAACUUUACACGAUGUUCCUGUUGAUACCAAAGAACAUGGUACCUCUGCGUUUCCCCGACACGUCCAAUACCUCGCCGACAAACGUACGUGGGACGUAUUGCGGCUCAGAUCUGCUAUCAUACAGCAUGUGCGCCAGUUCUUCAUCGACCGCGCCUUUAUGGAAGUGAAUACCCCUAUCAUCGCAGGCGAAGCUGGGGGCGCCACGGCACGGCCUUUUGUGACGACGGCCAACGAGUUUCCAGACAAACAACUUUCCUUGAGGAUUGCGCCAGAGCUGUGGCUGAAAAGGCUCGUAGUCGGCGGGUUUGAUAAGGUGUUUGAAAUCGGGUCGUCUUUCCGUAAUGAAGGUAUCGACAAGUCUCAUAACCCGGAAUUCAUGACCUGCGAGUUUUACCAGGCGUAUGCCAAUCUCGAAGACAUAAUGUCAUUGACCGAGGAUUUCUUGUCUGGUCUCGCGUUAAAUGUCCAGCAACACAAAGAACGCAUAGAAUCAGACAUCUCCAAUCCAGACGUGGAUUUCUCAUCUCCUUUCCGUCGGAUAGAUUUUCUUCCAGACAUCGAGGCCGCCAUCGGCCGCAGCCUGCCGGAUCUGUCUGCGUCAACAGCAGAAGAAGAUAUCAAGACGCUGUUUAACGAGCUCUCGAUUCCCCUGCCAGACCUCCCUACUCUUCCACGAUUGAUGGACAAGCUAUGCGCCACUUAUCUCGAACCGCAAUGCCAAAACCCUACGUUCAUCACCAACCCGCCAGAAUGUCUUUCUCCUCUGUCCAAGUCUUUUGUGCAUCCCUCUUGCAGCCAGAAAGUUGCUGCUCGCUGUGAACUCUUUAUAAAAGGAAGUGAAUACGUCAAUGCAUACGAGGAGGAGAACUCUCCGUGGGAGCAGCGGCGCAAAUUCCAAGACCAGGUCGCGUACAAUGUGCAUACACAUGAAUGGGGCGAGGUCGAUGAAAGUUACCUGCAAGCUCUGGAAUGGGGUCUUCCACCGACGGGGGGCUGGGGUUGUGGCAUCGAGAGGCUUGUGAUGCUGUUCACGGACUCUAAGAGAAUCGAGGACGUGCUGCCUUUUGGGACGCUGAGGACGGUGUCUAGGCGAUUCGAUGCUCCUCCGAUCAUGACCGAGACGCGGGUGGUUCAGGCCGACCCUGUAGUGGUUAGUUUGCAGGACCUGAUUACAGGAGCUGUCUCUUUUGAAACAUUGACCGGGGCUUUUGGACCUUCAUCUUUGGGAAUAAUUAUCGUCAAGGACUUGCCAGCCAAGUUCAAAGAUCUGCGAGCCCGUGUUCUCUCGAAUUCAUCCCAUCUGGCCGCUUUAUCUGAGCACGAACUAAAAAACCUGGAAAGCCCAGAAUCAAAAUACCUCGUUGGCUGGUCGUGCGGCAAAGAAACACUUCGCUCCGGCCACUUUGACACCCUCAAAGGCUCGUACUAUAUCAACUGCGCAUUUUACCAAAACAGCGAACUACAAAAUGCCCCCGCAGACGAUUUCCCAGAUUUCCCACAGUACACGGCACCUAAUAUAUGGCCGCCACCGGAAAAAUUUGAUUCGUUUCGUACGAAUGUGCAAGAUUUGUGCUCGCUCAUCAUCGACACGGCGGGCCUUGUCGCGCGAGCAUGCGAUCGAUAUGCGCUGGCCAAUAUUGAUGGCUACCAGGAGGGCUAUCUGGAGCAUGUAGUCAAGACGAGUCUCACCACAAAGGCGCGUCUGCUGCACUACUUUCCUGCCGAUGAUUCCUCCUCUGCUACUAUUACUACUACCGAUCAAGGAGAUGAGACCAAAAACGAGCAGCAAGAAGACGACUGGUGCGCCACGCACGUCGACCACGGCUGUCUCACUGGCCUCACAUCUGCCAUGUUCGUCGAUGAAGCAGCCAACCCUCCCAAGAACUCUGAUUCCACAAGCCCGCUUCCGGAGCUCCCUUCAUCUCCCGACCCGCAAGCUGGCCUAUACAUUCGAUCACGUACAGGGGAAAUCGUCAAGGUGAAUAUCCCCAAGGAUUGUCUUGCUUUCCAGACCGGUGAGGCUUUGGAAUUGAUCACUCAAGGAAAAUUUCGAGCCGUGCCGCAUUUUGUGCGUGGAGCCAAAACAACAACGGCGACAGGGAAGAUUGCCAGGAAUACGUUGGCGGUUUUCACGCAGCCGAAUCUGAACGAGGAGGUUCAGGCGGGCAAGACUUUUGCUGAUUUUGCGAGAGAGGUUGUUGAAAGGACUUACUAG